AUGGCAGGCUUUGGUGAACUGGUGCUGGUAAUGGGAGAUUGCCAUGUCCCUUAUCGAGCGUCCGUGGUGCCCGAAAAAUUCAAACGCAUGCUGGUUCCCAACAAGAUGCAACACGUGGUUUGUACGGGCAACAUUGACGCGGAGCAAUACGACGAAUUGCGGGCAUUGGCACCGAAUGUGCAUGUCGUGGCGGGGGAUUUCGAUAUCCACACUAGUUUCCCCGAAACGUCCGUCUUGCAAGUGGGUCAAUUCCGCAUUGGCGUCGUUCACGGACAUCAGAUUCUGCCGCCGCACAGUCAACAUGCACUGGCACGAAUGCGACGCAAACUCAAUGUCGAUAUUCUCGUGUAUGGACAUUCGCAUCAAAAUCAAGUCACUUGUCACGAUGGAUAUUAUCACAUUAAUCCGGGAUCCAUGACCGGAGCGCAUUCCGUCGUCGUCGCUCCUCACAACGUAUCGCCCUCGUUCAUUUUGUUGGCCGUCAAGGAAAAUACCGCCGUUUGUUAUGUUUACGAAUACAACAAUAAAAAUGGACAGGUCGAUGUGUCCAAAACUGAUUUUACCAAAAAGACCGUCGAGCCGGGAAUGUAA